UGAUUUUGCAUUUACGGGUGGGAGAACUGUUUGUAAACAAAACAGUUCUCCACCCUGUCAGCUUGUGCACACUUCUUUGCAUGGCUGUGCUUACAGUGAAGCACAAACACACAGCCCUUAGUAAAACAGCACACAGUUAACCCUUUGAUCACCCCAGAUGUUAACCCCUUCAUGCCCAGUGACAUUAGUAUAGUGUCAGUGCUUUUUAUUAGCACUGAUCACUGUAUUGGUGUCACUGGGGAUGUCAAUGACACCAAAUCAGUUCCCCCCAGUGUCAGAAUGCCCGCCGCAGUCCCGCUAAAAGUUGCUGAUCGCCGCCAU